AUGUGGGGACGCGUUUUGGCGGGCCUCACCGCAUUCGUCGUGGGUUGGCCAUGGCGGGGUGAGCUGGAGAUGGAGGCGGCAGUAAAAGCUGACUCGGUGAACCUGACCACCGAGGAGACGACUCCGGAGCCCAUCGAGACGAUCGACCCGGAGGGCAUCUUCUGGUGGAUCGAGGGCACAGUUUGGGGCUUUUGGAAGCCAGCAGGACUGGCGGGAUCAGAAGCACCCUGGUUCGGAACACCGGACCAACCAGGUCGACUUCGUAUGGAUGGCGGCUGGGCAGGCUACUUCAUCGACGGAAUUGGAGUACAAGCAUUUGGCAGCUGGUGGCCUUGGACGGCUUGCAUCAUCAUGGCGAGCUUCAACAUCGGGCUGCUCGGGAUCCUGACCUAUAGCCUCCAUACUUUGACCGGACCAUGCCGGGCGAUCGGCAGAGGUGGCUUCGUGGACUUGUUGGACGAGGAGCAUGGCGAGGGCCCGGGCUGGUGGUGCGCGCUGGGCGAUGCUGCUGCAGAAUGCGAUGAGGCAUCCUGCCAAGGGGUGCGAAUAGGCCUGGUGCUCGAUGGAGAGAUGCGUCCACUCGCUCCAGAUGGCUGCAGCGAUCUAGCAACGCAGGAAGAGACGACCUUGUUGGACGAGGACAUCGAGGUUUCAGAUGUACGACCUCCUGGACCUGGACAGCUGGUUCGAGAGACCUUCAAGUCGCAGUCGGAGCCCAGACGGACGGUUCGAUUGGAUCAUGUGCGUGGGCGAGCUGACUGGCUACACACCCGGAGGAGUACGAGGCGACCAGAGGUUGGAGAUCUAUGUCAAGUAUACCUGGAGAACACCCUGGUCAUCGACCCCAAGUACCUGGACGACAUGGUGGUGGUGACGCAUUGGGCUGACAUCAAAGGCUACUUGGUGCCGGAGCUCAUCUUACAGCGCCUCAUGGCAUGGGAAGGCAGAACAAUCGUGAGCGGACGUCGCCUGAAUGACAUCCAGCUGCAAGAAGUGAGGAAGAAGCUGAGAACCCUGGUUCGCAAACACAGUGCUGGCUUCGUCAAAGGGGAACUAUGGCCGAGUUGGCCUGCCGAGGCUGAACUGGGGAUUGACAAACAGGUGCGUGGACGAGAUGAUGGAGCACUUCAAGAACAAGGAGCACCACGGAGAAGAUCGCGUAGCAGGAGCCAAAGUCUUGCCCGAGCAAUGAAGGAAGAGGAUGAGGUGAAGAAGGCGGCUGACCGUGAGGCCGUGGUUGAUUGCGACCCUGAUGAAGUGACUGGGGACAACAUCAUCGAGGCCUAUGCAACAGCAACAGGGUCUGGACAAACGCACCAGGAAGCCAUCGACACGGUUCAGAUGAUCUACGAGGUGGACGUUUCGGCCAUCAAGAACGUUCUGAAGUCCUACAUCAAGAAGAAUUGUGGGAAGCAGAACGAACAGGUAGAGAUCGCCAUCAAGAUCCUCAAAGGGCUCAAUGGGCAGGACGGCAAGAGCUCCAGAGACGACGGUGGACGACCCGAAGUUCAACCUGCUCAUGCAAAACCUAUGGAGAGGCCAAGUACAGGCACACCGGAAAAACUGUUCCCGGUCCACUAUGGGGAGAGGCGUGAAGAAGGCAGCUUGAUUCGGCCGGCUGGGGACGCCAACAAGACCAACCCGCUGACAGCGAACGACGGCAUCGUGGGUCAGCUCUUAUAUGGGCAACAAGAUGAUGUGUCCAACUCGCGCUGGGGUAAAGACCAUGCAACAUUGGCGCCCUGGCAGUUGAGUGUGGCACAUGCGGUGACCGCGAAGCCCAAGGACUUUGACCAGUAUGAGGCGCCGAAGGACGAUAAGAUUGAGCCCAAGCCUAGGCUGAAAGCACUGGACCAGAUCGAGCAGGCCCACGAGCAGGACUCAGAUGUCUGGCCUGAGAGCUAUUGCUACAGCUUGUGGGAGUUACUCGCCCCUCGCAAGAGCAAAGGGCUUGAAGGAUCAAAAGAUCUCAAAGGAAAGACACUCUUUGACAAGGGUGUGAUGAUGGAGGCGCCGCAGAAGCAGGUGGAGAAGGUCGGCUACAAUGAGGUGAAGUAUGCCUUAGGCAUCUUUGGCGACGAAGGGCGCAAGGAGCAUGGCUACGACACCAAGUACACCCUCACCGAGGACGUCGAGGUGCGCGAGGGCAAGAAUGCCACGAAUGAUGGCGAUGGCCAAGAUGGCUGCGGAGCGAGCACAGACUUCAGCUUUGCAGCAGAAAAGGAAGGCCUCGCCUGA